GAAAAUGCCAUCGUUGCUGCUGCGGCGGCGGAGGCUUGCUUGCCUAUCUUGGGGGUACGUCCUGCUGCUGGCGCUGCUGUUGCUGCUGCUGGGGGACUGAGCUCACUCACCUCAAAGGCCUUUAUAAUGCGCCUUUGUCGCCCGGGUCCGUUUGCUUGCGGUUAUCCUUAGACGUUUCUCCUAUCGUGCUUCGAGCUCUUCUUCCUUAUUCAUUCUUCUACUGCUUCUACUGCUUCUACUGCUUCUACUGCUUCUACUGCUUCUACUGCUUCUCCUUCUUCUUCUUCCAUAUCUCCUAAGUUUGGUCCUUGCUGCAUUGCAUUGCGUUGCAUUACAUCAUCGUCAUCGUCAUCAGCAUGCUGCUCUUCUCAUUAUCCUCGUUGUCAAGCCUUUCCGUUGUUUCCUUUUUCCUGGCAGCGGCAGCGGCGGCGGCAGCAGCAUCCUUCGACUGCCUGCCGGGGGACGCAUGCUGGCCGACGCGCGGGGAAUGGGCGGCUUUCAACUCGAGCGUGGACGGCCGGCUGCGCGUGACGGAGCCGUGGGCCAGCUGCUGCUACGACGCCACGGGCAGCUACGACGCCGCGUCGUGCCGCGCCAUUGAGGCGUCGUAUGGCGACGACGUGGCCCGCGCCGCCGUCUACGGCACCACGCAGAACCUGCAGUGGGAGGGCUGCGGCGCCGAAAGGUGCCUGGCCGUACAGCAGCAGCAGCAACAGCAACAGCAGCAACAACAACAGCAGCAGCCCAUGGCCGGGACGUGCUCGCUGGGCUCCCUGUCGGCCUACUACGUCAAUGCCACGCGCGCCGAGCACGUGGUCCAGACGCUGCACUUCGUCAAGCGGCACAAGCUGCGGCUGUCGAUCAAGAACUCCGGGCACGACUACCUAGGGCGCAGCGUGGCGGCGAACUCGCUGGCGCUAUGGACGCGCAACCUGCGGGAGCUCGAGCACCACGCGCGCUUCACGCCGGCGGGCUGCGCGGCUGCGCACGAGAACAUCGGCGUCAUGGGCGCGGGCGUCAGCGCCGCCGAGGCGCGCGCCUUCUUUGCCGCCCAUGGUCGCGAUAUCACGCUCGGCGCGAUCGGGAGCGUCGGGCCCGCGGGCGGCUUCGGGCAGGGCGGGGGACACGGCCCCCUGGGCCCGACGCACGGGCUGAUGGUGGACCAGGCGGUCGAGUUCGACGUCGUGACUGCGGACGGCGAGGAGCGCACCAUCAACGCAUGUCAAGACGCAGAUCUCUUCUGGGCAAUGCGGGGGGGCGGCGGCGGCACCUUCGCCGUGCUCCUGCGCUACAAGUUCCGCACGCACGCCGCCGUCGCCUUCAACACGUACAGCUUCUUCGCCUCGAUCGAAAACCCGAUCCCAGAUGUCCGGCACAGCGCGCUGUACAAGACGCUGCUGACGGCCUUCGUGCAGCAGCAGCCCAAGUGGUCCGCGCGCAACAUCGCGGGCUACAACUUCUUCAGCGCGCGCAGCAUCGAAACGCACAUGGUGCUGCCGUCGAACGCGUCGCUCGCCCUCCUCAUGGACGCCACCCGCGAAUGGGCCAACAUGCUGACGUCGCUGCCCGGCCUCGCCGUCUCCCGCCACGCCUACGAGCGCUUCCCCGACCAGUCCGCCUGGGCCGCCGACGACGACUACCGCGGCAUCAUCGGGCGGAACGCGCCGGGCGGGCUGGCCGUCGUGGAAGCCGGGCGCCUGGUCCCGCGCGCGCUGUUUACGCCUGAGAACGCGACCGCGCUGGUGGAGGCGCUGCUCGCUGGGCUGGCGGAGGCGGGCAAGGCCAAGGGCAGCAUGCAGGUCUAUGCCACGACGCCCGCGAACACGCCUGAUGCACACGGCGCGACGAGCGCGCACAGGGCGUGGCGCGAGGCGCUGUGGAGCGUCGAUUUCGUGGGGGGCUACAAGCGGGACGCGGGGGCCGCGGAGGCGGCGCGGCAGUGGGACGCUGUGAGACGGGGGGUGCAGCCGCUGAAACGCCUGCUGGGGGGCGGGGCGUGCUAUCUGAAUGAGGCGGACUUUGGCGAGGAGGAGUGGGUGGAGACGUUUUUUGGGGGGGCGGUUUAUCAAAGGCUGAGUGGGGUGAAGGAGCGCUGGGAUAAAGAGGGAUUGUUCAGGUGCUGGAAGUGUGUGGGGUGGGGUGCGGGGGACAACAUGUUCUCCUGCUACAACUCGUCGCACCCGCGCCCGACGCAGCGGCUUCCGGCCCUGGACCUGGACUUGGAUGCUGCGGCGGGGUUUAGACAGCAGGGUGGGUUGGUGCCGUUGGGGGUGGGGGUGGACGGGGAUGGGGAUGGGGACGUGGAUGUGGAGACGGAGUUGUAGGCUCCUCCGUCGGUACCUAGGUACUAACUGUUAUUGGUGCGGGUUUGUAUGGUUUAAGUGGUUGUGGGAGUGUGGGAGUUGCGGCGGGCGGGCCUCGCUGCCUUUCACCGCCGUUUUGUCGUUGGUCGUUGGUCGUUGGCCGUUUGUCGGUCCUGUUCAGCGAGCGAGCGAGCGAGCAUGGCGCUGUAACGUGCCUAGGGCAUUAGCGAUGGUGUUGGUGUUGGCGUUGGCGUUUAUUUAUUCGUUUAUUUGUCUGCUUGGUUGGGAUCUGGAAAGGUGGACGCUGUAUGCGCAUAGACACGUACGUAUAGCUGCUUCAAACCUUCAAAUUACUAUGCCGAAACGACUCC